UGAAUGCGUGGCACCUGGCUGACAAUGGAUUAGGCGGCUAGAGACCGAGAAGCCAGGCGGGGAGCAGAGUCUCCUUCAAAGCGCCGUCUGCAUCCCUUGACGCUUUAUCAGUCCCUAACACUCCAGCUCGCCUCUCUCUGCGCAGCGGCAGCGCUUCCUCCUUGCAACUGGAAGUCUGUAAUGGAGGGGAACCGCCGCCGCAGCAGCAACAGCCAGAUGGUACAUUAGCACCAAGAGACUUUCUAGUUUGAUAUAAAGGGUAUUUCCGAAGAACAGUCCGAUGCUUAGAAAGUGGCAGUGUUGUACGGGAAUUCCAUCAACACUAAUACUGAAGAGACACUACCAGUCAGUUACAGCCAUCAGAAUCCCAUUUGCGCCAUCGCUUGGAAAGCAAGGACAGAUCCAUGAUUUUACAGUGUUAGCUGGUGCUGCCGAGGAAAAAGGCUUGGGAUCUAGAUGGGACUAAGCCUGAGACACUGAUACAGGAGAGCAGCAAACAAGGAGUGGACAUCCCACUGGACAGUGUCAAAAGAAAAAAACAAUGAAGAACAAACCUGGAAGCUUAAGCAGUUCUGCAGCAACACCAGGGUUAUCCAACUGUUGAAGUCACGGAUUUGUCCUCCAUUGAUACAAUGAUGGCAGCUGUCAUGAGCUUGGGAAAAAUGCCCGAAAAUGGCGCUGUGUCUCCAAAUGUUAAAUCCCCAUCAAAAUCACUUACUCCUAAUCGGAUUGGCCGUAGAAACCAGGAAACAAAAGAUGAGAAGUCUUCCUAUACAUGUCCUCUGUGUGAAAAGAUUUGCACUACUCAGCAUCAGCUGACCAUGCAUAUUCGUCAGCACAAUACUGACACUGGAGGGACAGACCAUUCCUGCAGCAUCUGUGGAAAGUCUUUGAGCUCAGCAAGCUCCCUGGAUCGCCACAUGCUUGUGCAUUCAGGUGAAAGGCCUUAUAAAUGUUCGGUGUGUGAUCAGUCCUUCACUACCAAUGGGAACAUGCACAGACACAUGAAAAUCCAUGAGAAGGAUCUGAACGGCGCUACGAGUACAACGCCUCCCUCCCCACUGAAACGCAGACGGUUGUCCACCAAACGAAAAAUCAGCCAAGAGCCUGAGACAGACCGGGAGGACCAAAGUCCCGCAAAAAAGGUUGUGGAGGACCCACAAAGCAGUGAAACUGAAAAGAAAGCAGAGGAAGAGGUGUAUCGUUGUCCAGUGUGUUUCAAGGAGUUUUCUUGCAAGAAUGGGCUCGAAACCCACAUGGAGGCACACCCAGAUACUUCUCUGAGGUGUGACAUCUGUUGUAUUACCUUUCGCACCCACCGAGGUUUGUUACGGCAUAAUGCAGUCAUUCAUAAACAACUUCCAAGAGACCUAUCAGGAAAACCUUUUAUUCAGAACAACCCCUCGAUUCCAGCAGGCUUCCACGAUUUGGGAUUCACUGACUUCUCUUGCAGGAAGUUUCCUCGCAUCUCUCAGGUCUGGUGCGAAACCAACCUGCGGAGAUGCAUCAGCGAAUUCCACCGGUAUGUCUGUGAGACGUGCAACAAGGCAUUCCCCAUGCUGUCUGCGCUCAAACUGCACGUGGAAACCCACACAACAAUUCAGGGUAAAGAGAAGCACGACCUGCAGUCGGAGGACGAAGACCUGAGGUCUUACAUGGCAUCCUUGGGGCUGCAGCACACCAAAGAUGUCCAGCCCGUCAAGCAGGAGGAGCUGGCGCCAGAGGAGGUCCGAGAAACACAGCUACGAACACUGAAAUGUAACCUACCUCAGGAACCCUGUAGUGCUAAUCAGUUGAACGUGUCCCCUUUAGAGGCUGCUUCCGUGGCAGGGCCUUUCUCGUUCCUUCCCCCUACGAAAGAGAACCUGAAGCUCCUGUCGCUACAGCCUUUCCAGAAAAGCUUCAUCAUCCAGCCUGACAAUAGCAUCCUAGUCAAGCCCAGCGCUGAGCUAGCGGACAUCCAGCAGAUCUUAAAGAUGGCUUCUUCGGUGACCCCCCAGAUCAGCCUCCCACCUCUUUCGAAGGCACCUCUCGUUGGCGCGCAGUCCGUCUUCAAGCAUAUGCCGCCGCUAAAGCCAAAGCCCCUGGUAGCUCCACGGACGGUUGUGGCGACUUCAACGCCACCUCCUCUGGUCAAUGCACAGCAGGCGUCUCCUGGAUGCAUCAGCCCAAGCCUUCCUCCAGCGCCACCCGGGCUGGCCAAACCCGCUGAAGAAUCAACUUCAGACUCCUACGGCAAAUCAGGAUCCAAGUCUAGCACCUCUCCCCAGGCCACGGCAGAGCCUAAGCGUGAAAUGAGAACUCAACUGGAACAAGACAGCAUCAUAGAGGCCUUUCUCCCUUUGACGAUGGAGGGAAAAAUCAAGCAGGAGGUAACGGACCUCAAAGCGAUUAUCUCCGGGGCAGCAAACAAGAAGUCUCAGGCCGUGAGAAAAGUCUUGUAUCCAUGCCGGUUUUGUGACCAGGUGUUUGCUUUCUCGGGCGUCUUGAGGGCUCACAUCCGCAGCCACCUGGGCAUCUCCCCUUACCAGUGCAAUAUCUGUGAGUACAUUGCCGCUGACAAGGCCGCUCUCAUCCGGCACUUGAGGACACACAGCGGGGAGAGGCCGUACAUCUGCAAAAUCUGCCACUACCCUUUCACGGUGAAAGCAAACUGCGAGAGGCACCUGCGCAAAAAGCACCUCAAGAUUACCCGGAAGGAAAUAGAGAAGAAUAUAGAAUAUGUCACCAGCAACACAACGAACAUUGUGGAGACCUUCUGUGCCCCGGACACGGUGUGCAAGUUCUGUGGGGAGGACCUGAAGCAUUACCGGGCGCUCCGCAUUCACAUGAGGACACACAGCAGCUGCCAGAAGAAGAAACCGUUCGAAUGCAAAGAGUGCGGAACCACCUUCUCGGCCAAGCGGAACUGUGUCCACCAUAUCCUCAAGCAGCACUUGCACAUCCCGGAGAAGGAGGUAGAGAGCUACGUGCUGGCAGUAGAUUGCUCCCCUUCAGAUAGCCAGCCCGACCCUCCGCUCCUGGAAGACAGCACUUACACGGACUGCAAGCCCAUCGCACCUUUCAGAGAGCCUCAGAACGGCUUCUUAGUGGGCGCCCCCUCUCACCCGCCGAUCAAACUUGAAACCACAAACAGCUUCCCUGUGGAUUUUGAUGAGCCUUUGGAUUUCUCGCAAAAGAACAAAAACCUAAACUCUGUGCUGGUGAAACAGGAAAAUCCCUUCGGUUCUUCUCCCUACGAUGAUUCCUUGGAGCCCAUAGAUCUGUCAAUCCCCAAAGCUCCAAAGAAGGACAGAGAGGACAACGCUCUGAGCCAGGAGAAGAAGCAGGAGCACCUCAGCGGGAAUGAGGAGAGGCUCCGUAACGUUCAAACGUCUCCUCCUGCAGUGAACGGCAACUCGGAGAACCAAGCUCUCCGACAUUCCCAGCCGCUGAAGGGUCCGUUGCAUUUGACUGUCCCGAUCAUUUCUCCAGCUCUUCUGGGGAACUCUGCUUUGCUGCGCCCCUUGAGGCCCAAGCCUCCCCCUCUCUUGCCAAAACCUCCCAUCACUAAAGAGCUGCCCCCCCUCGCUUCCAUUGCACAGAUUAUUUCAUCAGUGUCUUCUGCUGCUGCUUUGCUGAAAACAGAGGUCACGGAUCCUGUCCCCAAGGCAGCCAGCAGCUCCGCUGGGCCCGAAAAACCAGGGGGUUCUAAGCCGAAAGCGACGGCCGCGAGUGCAGUCGAUUCGGAGACCAGCAUUCCUAGCGACUUGCCGCAAAGGGUGUGCAGUCCAGAGAGGCCCCAGAAGUCUGCCUCUUCUGGAUCCCUGAAGAAAAGAGGCAGGAAGAAAGGCACCAAAAACAAGGCCAAAGCGAGCAGCGGCGUGGAUCUGGAGUCCAGCGGUGAGUUUGCUAGCAUAGAGAAGAUGUUGGCGACCACAGACACUAAUAAGUUCAGCACGUUUCUGCAGUCAGCCCCAGACUUCAAAGAAGGGGUUGACCGAAAUGGAACCAGUGAAGAAGAGAGAGAACCGAUAGAGGACAAGGUGCUCCGGGGAAAGAAGAACACCUACUCAAACUGCAUCCAGAAAAUCAGCUGUCCUCAUUGUCCUAGAGUCUUUCCGUGGGCAAGUUCCUUACAGCGGCAUAUGCUGACUCACACAGGUCAGAAGCCCUUCCCCUGUCAAAAAUGUGAUGCCUUCUUUUCCACCAAAUCUAACUGUGAACGCCACCUCUUACGCAAACACGGAAUUGCCAGCUACUGUCUAAGAAGAAAUGGGCUUAUCCCCCAGUCUAAAGAAAGUGAUGCUGGAUCUCAUGAUAGCACAGACAGUCAGUCAGACCUGGAGAACACAAGUGCAGGAAGCGAAGCACUGGAUUUGACCUCUGGUGAAAGAGACCCCCCAGAGGAGGCCACUGGGCUUCUCCAACCGGAAGGCAGUCCCAAAGAGGAGGACAAGUUCAACUCAUCCCAAGGAGAGGAAGAUGCACAGAUGAAAAUAAGCGAGGAUGAAGAAGGGCUGGAAGAAGACUCCGCCAGCAACAGGAGCCUGGACCUCAAUUUUGCCAGCAAGCUGAUGGACUUCAAGCUGGCAGAGAGUGACCAGAGCACAGGAAGUGGUGUUCAGACUGAAAACAGACACACCUGCAACAUUUGUGGGAAAUCCUUCAAAUUUGCUGGCACACUCACCCGGCACAAAAAGGCCCAUGCACAGGAAGACAAGAAAGAUGAAAAGAGCAGUGAGGACGAAAGCAGAAGUGUUCAGGAUGGAGCCCAAGCAUAUGCUGCAGAGGUCCUUUCUCCUGAACAAGACGAACCCUCGAGUGACACGAAGGUAGCUGAGUCUCCCACAGAUGGUGAGGCCACAGGGAAAGAGAACGAAGAAAGCGAAAGCAUUUCAGAGGAAGAAAGCAUGGAGAGGAAGUCUUCCGAAAAGAGUGACGAUGACAGAAAGCCAAAAGCUAAUGGUGCAGCGAAGAACGAAUCCAAGGCUGACAAAAGGAAGAAGGUCUGUACGAUUUGCAACAAAAGAUUUUGGUCUCUACAAGACUUGACGAGGCACACAAGGUCCCAUACGGGGGAACGACCGUACCAAUGUCAAACCUGCGAACGGACCUUCACUCUGAAGCACAGCUUGGUUCGCCAUCAGCGUAUACAUCAGAAGGCAAAGAACGCUCGGCAUCAUGGGAAGGAGAGUGACCGAGAGGACACCCGCUCCAGGGGUGAGGAGGACAGCGAAAACGAAUCUCUCCAUAGCAGCACCAACCCCAUCUCUGAAAACGAGUGUGACUUGCUUGUGGGUCUUGGUAGCCAUUCACCCCUCACUAGAAGCCGGAAAGAGAGCCUCGCUAGUGCUGCAAAGGAUUUAAUUUGCAAGGCCGAAAGGCCUAAUGUCAGAACAACUGGACCUGGCUUUGCAGAAUCUAGCAAGAAUGCACAGAAGCCAGCAGCAAAAGAUCAGGAGUCUCGAGGGAAAGUUGGCCACCAGAGCUCAUCCGGAUGCAUACAGGAUUUACUGGAGACACACAACAAGAAACCUCCCAUGAGUCACAUUCUUGCCUCUGCAGAGAGCGCUCCUCAGCUCUUGGGAGUUGAGUGACAGCUACGGCAUUAACCACACCCCAGCAAACUGAUCCAGCACACAGACGGGAAAUUGAUGGAGCAAGGGUUCUCUCCCUCCCCGCCCCCCCCCCAAAAAAAUCCCUCAAUGCCGAGUCAAUGUAGUUGUGAUGCAGAGUGUUGGGGGUGGGGGAGGAUGGCCGCUUGGAUUCAGUGCCAUACACCUUUCAGUAUAAAUAAUGCAAAAGACUACAGUUCUAUACUGAUAUGAGUGCCUUACUACUUUAUUAGGUCUUUUGGUAUCAUAGAUUUUUUUAAAAAAAAAAAAGCAAAAAAGAUGAUUUUUUAAAAAAUAUUUUAAUGAAACUAUUUGGAGAGGAUCUUUUUUUUUCAUUUAAGCAUUAAUGUUACCUUUUUUUUGUAUUGAGGUGUGUGAGCUUGUUCUUGUAUAUCUGUGAUAGCCGCUGUGUGUGUUCUCUGAGCUGGAAACAAGGGGGUCAGAGGGGCAAGGAAGCCUCUGAAAACUGCAGCCAAUAACUGGAAUAAAUGUUUAAGAAUUCCCCAAUAGAGGAACCUAGGGAUAAUGGUGUUGAUUUGUUUUUUUUCUUCUUUUCUUUGUUAGAUUUUUUUAUAUAUUUGCCACAUGGGGGUGAGUUAAUCCAGCUCUGAGUAUUAAUAUGUUGAUUAAGGUUUUCAAAGUUGGUCCAAGCCAAAAAAAACCAGGAAAAAACAAAAUCUGCAACCACACAUUUGCUUCCCACUCCCCUCACAUUAGCAACGAUAAUGUUCUAGCUACUGUCAUGUUGUAAAAUGGCUCUUUCUGGCUAUUGUGGACUUUGAACAUACAGAAAGAGUUGCAUAGUGACUUAAAAAAAAACCUAUGGAAAUUAUGCACCGUUAUAUAUGUUUGAUUUGUGCUUCAAUAUAUUAUUAUUAUUAUUUUUAAUAUUUUAUAAAUGUUGUCAGUUUGCUAAUCUCUGCGUUCAGCAGAAACCAAUGGGCAAUAUUUGUCCACGGAGAUCUAUGACGCAGCUUGAAUUGCCUGCUUAAAUGUUUCUGGCCUGAUCUCUCUCACUGACUCCCCCUCAUGGCUUUGCAGCUCUUCUACUGUAUUUCAAUGGAACCCCUCUUCCUCUGGCUGGAGAUUCAAGUGGAGGUCGAUUAAUCAGUGAUCAACAGCAGUGGAAUUCUAGCAGGAGCUCCUUUGCAUAUGAGGCCACGCACCCCUGAUGUAGCCAAUCCUCCAGGAGCUUACAAGGCUCUUUUUUGUAAGCUCUUGGAGGAUUGGCUACAUCAGGGGUGUGUGGCCUCAUAUGCAAAGGAGCUCCUGCUAGAACUCCACCCCUGCUGAUAAGAAACCGGUUACGGAAAGCCUGAGUGGUUGAAGUUCAAUGUGAGUGAGUAGAAAGGGGGAAGGAUGAAGUGAAAGGCUGGGUGGAGUCUCAGGGGAAGAAGGCUCUUCAAAUGCACAUGGGAGGCACUGCAAAUACAUUGAAGUGUUGAUACUUGUUUGAAACGGCAAUAGUUGCAUUCUUUUUUUUUUUUAACAUUUAUGAGCAAGAUGAUUCAGUCUUCCAACUGAAAGAUGGAAAAGAAAAAAAUAAAUUUGAAAGCCUUAACGCGAUCUUGCUACCAUAAUGUGCUUUAAAGCAAGCAAAGAAAUACUACUGGCAAUAAAACUACAGGUAACUAUUAGACAUGUCAGGCUGACAGAAUAAACUUCCUUCUCAAGAUUUCUAGGGUUAAUGCUUAGAUUCUGGUGGGGUUUUUCUCUCCCUAAAUUUGCAGUGAUGCUGAGAGUUGGGAUUGGAAUGCGUAUCUUGUUGCUGGCAACAGGAGACGCUGUUAACUGCUGAUAAUUCGGGUGACGAUCCAUAGGUCAGUUAAGCUGGUGUGCUGGGAUUGUUAUGCAAAGUCCAUUAAUUUUGAAAAAAAACCCAUGGAUUUCAGUGGAAACUCAGUGUUUAAGAUGGCUGCUUUGUUAAAUGCCUGUAUCACUACUUAAGAUGCAAGUACAAAACGGGGUAAAGAAACAGGAAAGGUAUUAAUUUUGAGGUAGUAACUUCGAUCUUCUUGCAAAGGUGAGGGACUAGUGGGAGUCUUGUGAACACGUUUCAUGAGCCCUCCCAUGGCUUCUGCUUGUUUAUCUGAUUCUGUGCUUUCAUCUGUAAGAUGCAGGAACAGGAAGAUGACACUGGAACCCUGGCCAGUGGCCAUAAUAUGUCCA